GGCGGCGGCGAUGCCGGGCCCCGGGGCGCGGGCCGAGGAGGAGGAGCGGGAGCCGGCGCGGCUGUGCGGCUACCUGCAGAAGCUGUCGGGCAAGGGCCCGCUGCGCGGCUACCGCAGCCGCUGGUUCGUGUUCGACGCGCGCCGCUGCUACCUCUACUACUUCAAGAGCCCGCAGGACGCGCUGCCCCUCGGCCACCUGGACAUCGCGGACGCCUGCUUCAGCUACCAGGGCCCCGACGAGGCGGCCGAGCCCGGCACCGAGCCGCCCGCGCACUUCCAGGUGCACAGCGCGGGCGCCGUCACGGUGCUCAAGGCUCCUAAUCGUCAGCUCAUGACCUACUGGCUGCAGGAGCUCCAGCAGAAGCGGUGGGAGUAUUGCAGCAGUCUGGACAUGGUGAAGUGGGACAGCAGGGCCUCCCCGACCCCGGGGGAUUUCUCUAAGGGUCUUGUAGCCAGAGAUAACUCAGAUGUAAUUUGCUCACAUCCGGAUGCUUCUGCAGAGAAAGCCAGGAAUGUCCUCGCUGUGGAAGCCACCCCCGGAGGGCUGGUAGGAGAGGCAGCAGCUCACCAGCCGGCCCCCGGGCACCCAAAUUCCAUUAAUUUCUCUUUCAAACAGUGGGGCACUGAGCUCAAAAACUCAAUGUCGUCUUUCCGUCCUGGGAGAGGACACGGUGACAGUCGGAAGAGUGUGUUUUACACCAGUGAAGAGUGGGAGCUCUUAGACCCAAACCCUAAGGACCUGGAGGAGUCCAUGGCGCAGGAGGAGAGGAAGAAGCCGGCCCCCGAGGGGAACAAAGGAGUAACUGGCUCAGGAUUUCCCUUUGAUUUUGGACGUAUUCCCUACAAAGGAAAGCGCCCUUUGAAAGACAUGAUCGGAUCGUACAAAAACCGCCACGUCAGCGGUGACCCUUCGGCGGAGGGGGCACAGAGUGCUGGCGGCGUCAGCAAGCCUGCGUCUGAGAUGCAGCUGCAGGUCCAGAGCCAGCAGGAAGAGCUGGACCGGCUGAAGAAAGACCUGUCCAGCCAGAAGGAGCUGGUGCGGCUACUGCAGCACACGGUCCGGUCCUCCCAGUACGACAAGUACUUCGCCAGCAGCCGGCUCUCUGAGGGGGUCCCAAAGGACACGCUCGACCUUCUGCACCGCAAGGAUGACCAGAUCCUGGGCCUCAGCAGCCAGCUGGAGCGGCUCUCCCUGGAGAGAGAGAGUCUGCAGCAGGAAGCCAGGACGCUCAAGAGCAAGGUGGGCGAGCUCAGCGAGCAGCUGGGGAUGCUGGUGGAGACCAUCCAGGCCAAGGACGAGGUCAUCAUGAAGCUCUCGCGCCAGCUCAGCGAGGGCGCGGACCACACACCCUCUGCUGCAGGGGUGCCCGGCUCCCCCACCUCCCCCAGCAGGGAGCACCUAGAGCUGGACAGGCUGAAAGAUAACCUACAGGGGUACAAAACCCAGAAUAAGUUCCUAAAUAAGGAGAUUUUGGAGCUCUCGGCACUGCGGAGAAACGCGGAAAGGAGGGAGCGGGACCUGAUGGCCAAGUAUUCCAGCCUGGAAGCUAAGCUGUGCCAGAUAGAAAGCAAGUACCUGAUCCUGCUCCAAGAGAUGAAGACGCCGGUUUGCUCGGAAGAACAGGGGCCUUCUCGCGACGUCAUAGCUCAGCUGCUGGAGGACGCCCUGCAGGUUGAAGGCCCGGAGCAGGCAUUCGUGAAGCCUCAUCUUGUCAGUGAGUAUGAUAUCUAUGGGUUUAGGACCGUCCCAGAGGACGAUGAGGAGGAGAGGCUGGUGGCCAAGGUCCGAGCGCUGGACCUGAAGACCCUGUACCUCACGGAAAACCAGGAGGUGUCCACCGGUGUCAAGUGGGAAAACUACUUUGCGAGCACUAUGAACAGGGAGAUGGCGUGCUCCCCGGAGCUGAAGAACCUGAUCCGGGCGGGCAUCCCGCACGAACACCGCUCCAAGGUGUGGAAAUGGUGCGUGGACCUCCACACCAGGAAGUUCCGGGACAGCGCCGAGCCCGGGUACUUCCAGACGCUGCUCCAGAAGGCACUGGAGAAACAGAACCCGGCCUCCAAGCAGAUCGAGCUGGACCUGCUGCGGACUCUGCCCACCAACAAGCAUUACUCCUGCCCCACCUCAGAGGGCAUCCAGAAGCUCCGCAAUGUUCUGCUGGCCUUCUCCUGGAGGAACCCGGAUAUUGGCUACUGCCAGGGUCUGAACAGGUUGGUGGCGGUGGCCCUUCUGUACCUGGAGCAGGAAGAUGCUUUCUGGUGCCUUGUUACCAUAGUGGAGGUGUUCAUGCCGCGAGACUAUUACACAAAGACGCUGCUGGGGUCCCAGGUGGACCAGCGGGUGUUCAGAGACCUCAUGAGCGAGAAGCUGCCCCGGCUGCACACGCACCUGGAGCAGUACAAUGUCGACUACACCCUCAUCACGUUCAACUGGUUUCUGGUGGUGUUUGUAGACAGCGUCGUCAGUGACAUCCUCUUCAAGAUCUGGGACUCUUUCCUUUACGAGGGACCAAAGGUCAUUUUCCGGUUUGCCCUGGCGCUUUUCAAAUACAAGGAGGAGGAGAUCCUGAAGCUGCAGGACUCGAUGUCCAUAUUCAAGUAUCUCCGCUACUUCACUCGCACGAUCCUCGACGCCAGGAAGCUGAUCAGUAUCUCCUUCGGGGACCUGAACCCGUUCCCCCUGCGUCAGAUCCGGAACCGGCGCGCCUACCACUUGGAGAAGGUGCGGCUGGAGCUGACGGAGCUGGAGGCCAUCCGCGAGGACUUCCUGCGCGAGCGGGACACCAGCCCCGAUAAGGGCGAGCUGGUCAGUGAUGAGGAGGACACCUGAGUGCCCCCCACCCCGUGACACUGCUCUUGUCUUCACAACCAAAGCUGAAAGGAUACACGGCAGACGGGUCUCUGCUCAUCGGAAAGCCCGAAUGUAAUGCCCGUGGUCUCUGGAAGUCUGCUGGGCGGACGGCCACGGCCACGCUGCACUUCCUCAUUUCCACGCGGGGCGGGGUCCGUGUCCCGUGUGACCUGUGCACCCCCAGGGGAACCGGCUGGCUGUUGUCGAGCCUGUUGACAGCAUCUGCUGGAUCCUGUGGUUGGCUUGCACCCGGCGUCUCCCUGUGUCGCCCCCUAGGCCAGAGCGUGGCUGCUUUGGGUGGCGCGAGGUGAGCGAAGCAAGUGCCUCUGUGUUCAGAAAUAGCCUGGAGAAAACCCAGACCUUCCGUGCUGGUCGAACCACCGGCCAUGCCCCAUCUCUGGACUAGCUUGGGGAGGGGCUGGUCCUCCGGACACCCCACGCUCCCCGCUCGGCCCCAGCCGGUGUCGGCGCACUGCCGGGCUGUCCCGCCCCCAGCCCGCACUCCGCCCGGCACGGCUCCAUGAGGUUCUGUGGUCUCUUCUCUCUGAGGAGUGACUCGUGGAAUCACUCUGCGUAGGGAUGAGAGUCCACAGAAGCUGUGGACCGCCGUCCUGCGAGGCAGGCCCACCUCGGGGGCAGGCCUUGGUGGAGGAGACAGAGGAAGCUUCUGGGGACGCCUUACAGGGCAGCAGUGAGGCUGCAGGGUGACGCCGUCGGCCCGGCUCCGGGGGCCUCCCCCACCUGCUGGGAUGGCGGGGAGGCCGGCUGCCAGCGCCUUUGUUUGGGACAAAGCUUUGGUGAGCUGUCCCGUUCGGGAUCCCUCCCCAGUGCUGCCCAGAGGCAUCCGCAUUCUGGCAGCCGGCCUCCCCGCUCCCCGGGGUCAGCGUGGUCCUGGCUGCGGGGUCACCACUGCCUCCAGCAGGUCAGGCUGCCCACGCUGUUCUGCGGACUGGGAGUGCUCUCUUUUUAAAGCUCUGCUAAGAGGCUUUGCCCAGGGAAGGUUAAUUUUGCUUCGUCCCUCAGCGGACCAUCCCUGACCCACGUGUGGAUGCAAGAGUGUUUCCUGGCACGGUGUUAUCCAAAUAGGAAAGAAACCAUUUCACACGGAAUUUUUACAUUACUUGGAGAAAUUGGAAGUAACCCCCAGUUGAAACGUAUCAGACGCAGCCUAAGCGUUGAAGGAGUCCCCUGAGGAAGUGCAUUUUCUGAGGACAGAUGUUCUCAGUCCGUGCUUAUCGGUGUCCCGGCUGGGCUGGCGUCCCCGCAUACCACACCGAGCUCGGCUUUUGUGCUGUGAGGUGGGUUAGCCUGAUCUUUCAGAUAGCAGACGCGUCGCACCAGUGCUCGGGCGGGGGGGGGGGGGGAUGGCUGCUGGAGGUCGGCCUUAGGACGCGGCCUCCCUGCCAUCGCAGACCCCGCCCUGCCCCAGCUCUGCGCGGCUCACCUGCCGGGGGACAGCAGUGAGGAGGCGCGGUAGGGUCAGACUCUAGUUUCCAAGUUGACUUCCCCAGAACUGCCACAUCCUGGGGUGAAAAUGCUGUCUUUUGGAAUAGGCUGGUUUUGUCGGUUUUGCCCCAAAAAAGACCUAUCUUAAAAGCACCUGGAUUGGGCCCAGGUGCCUGCCGGGUGUGGCUGGAGCCGUGGUUUCGGGGAGUGGCCAGCAGCGCCGUGUUGGUGUCCGCAGGCGGCUGUCCGCGACCGGGCAGUGGCUGUGAGAGCCGCGCGGUCGUGGAGAGGUGGGUGGGGGGGACACUUUCCCGGAGGCCGCCCUGUCUCCGGGUGUGCAGAGGGCGGCAGGGAUGCUUGGCCUGGCCCAGACGGGGCAGGAUGCUGAGCCGCAGGCCAUGCCCCACAGCCAAGGGCAGCUACCAGCUUGCACGUGGACGGGUUUUGUGUCUUACGGGCUGAACAUCUGUUAAUACUUUUGUAUAUUUUUCACUACAGUUUAUAUUUUUAUAGACUAUUUUUAUCAAGGGUUUUUAGAUUAUGUCUAUCUAUUUUAUAUAACGAGUUCUCUGUGAGCGGCUGUGUGUGAGCGAGAACCUGAGCGGCCUGGGUCACCCUUGGCUCCUGGGCCAUCUCUGGCCCCCGGGCUUGCGUGCGCCGGCACGGCCUCCCGCGGCCUGUGGUCACGCGCACCGCCGUCCCACAGCAGCCGGGGCCCCCAGGGCUGGAACGAGUCUGCCUUCUUCCCACACUGUAUCCAUAUAGGAAGUAUUCUAGGCGAAUCGCCAGUGCAUUUUUUUUUUUUUUAAACUGUUUGUAUUCUUGCACAGAUCCCCACCCCGGCUUUGUCCGGGGCUGUCCUCCUGCACGAGCCCUGGGCAGCUGGGCCCCGCACGGGGCAGCCCCUGCAGGCGGGAGGCUGGCUGCUGCCUCAGGGGGCUGCAUGGGGGGCAGUGCCUGGUGACUUCCCCUGAUGUCACUGCGGCUUCUCGGCUUCUGAGUUAAAUUUUGGAACAGUCUUUAUACUAAAAAGCCAAAUAAACUAAUUUGUAUAAUGUU